UCAUAGGAAAGAAGUCUGAGGUUAAUUCUCUUAUCAAACAUCCAUCGAAUUCCUCUUCAAAUUUAAACCCGACAUCAGGAGAAACUUAUCAAAAUGGAGAUAUCGAAAUGGUUUCUGCAAAUGAUACUAACGAACAUCGUUCUGCAACGCCACUUAAAGGAUCUCCCAAGCAGAGUGGGUAUUCUAAGAGAUCACAAUUUCAAACAACACAUUCGAUGGAGUUUGGGUCAAACCAAUUAGUUGAUUCUAAUCGGGAGAAAAACCACAAGAAACACUAUUCAGUUGAUGGAAAACUUCUAGACACAGUGACAACAACAGGCUCUUCUGAACAAAUUAAUUCUGGAAUGGAUUUUGAUAAAAACUCAAACUUUAAUCAUAAAAAUCCCGAAAAGGCAGGGAAUUCUUGUAAUGGGCCCAAAUCCAAAUUAUGCCGUCCCGAUCAAAAUACUUCUGAAAAUAAUCAAAUGGUGUCUACUAACUAUUAUGGAAACGAAAACGAAUAUACAAUGUCAACUCACUCCUCUGAACAAAAUAUUUGUAGGAACGAAUUUGUUCCGAAACGAAUUGGAAUUCCAUGCUUAAAAGGUCUAAUAACAAAAUAA